UGUGUUAGAAAUAAAGAUAUUUGAGAACAUUGGAACGUUUUAUCAGCGAUUUUCUUGUGGAAAUGCUGAUGCGGCCCAGCCUCACCCAGACUCUCCCUCCUGCGGCCCUCGGCUGAAUUGAGUUUCAGACCCUUGGCCUAAACGAAAUGCGUCACUGUGCACGUUUCUAAGUCUAUGUUUCCCAGUGAGAGCCCCAAGACAUCACUGCUCUAGAGGAGAUCUGCAUGGAGGAAUGGACCAAAAUAACAGCAACAGUUUGUGAAAGCCUCGUGAAGAGACUUUCAGAAAAUGUUUGAAUGUUGUCAUUGCUAAGAAAGGAGAUAUAACAAAGUAUUCAGAUGAACUUUGAUGAUGUACGCCGUAAAACUAGGACUAGGACAUGAUUUCUGCAAAAGGGCAGAAGUUCAUCAGAAAUCCACCUCUGAGUCGUGUUUUAUGGAGUAAGCUAGCACUCAUUUCCCAUCAUCUCUUUGUUUACACUCUCUCCUGGUAGCUCACAGCCCCUUACAACCUCAAGCUAACAUUAGUGGUGCAACCAAAAUGCUAGCAAUAUGGUAGCUAUCCAGCUGUACUGGAGACAGAUGCUAGCUCAGAGGAGGAGCUCGUGGCUUAUUACUGUUGUAGGUCCUACGUCACAUCUACAGUCUUUUUCUGGCUUUUUUAGUCUGAUCCUAAUUUAAAAUAAAAAAUAAAUAAAUCCUCAAACGUGCUCUUUAAGUUGCUCUUAAAAAUUUAAUUUGUGUUAUUUUGCAUAAAAAUGUGUUUUAUUCAGAACAACUGCAUGAAGCUAAAUGCUUCUCUCUCCAGGUUUUACUUUUCUUUAGAAUGGACAAGAAACCUUAAAAAACUGGAUUAGUUGAUUAUUUAUUUAUUUACUUUCUUCUAAAAAAAAUAAAAAAUAAAAAAAAAACAGGCGAAUAGUGUUUUAGAAGGAACUAGUUAGUGUCGCGGAAGGACGUGGUCUACCUGCAGUUUUCAGGAAGUCCGUGUCGCUGCAGCCAGCAUGUCUUCUCUCCUGCUGCCGCAUGGAUGGAUGGACGGUUCCUAAAUCUUUCUCCAAGUUUGUUUCUCAUUUCACAAAGUCGCCGCUCAGCGUUUGUGUCGCCAAAUUACCCGGAAAUGCUUCCAGAAACUCCUGUUUACCCACGCGCGUGCUCUGAAAACAGACUCCUCGCGUGUUUACCUGGACUGUACCACUGCGCCCCCCCCCCCUUUUUCACGUAAUGGUACGUUCCUGGCUGUUUGCCAAGAUGCCUCUCCUCUCGACGUCAUUUGACGUCAUCAUUUCUAUGUCAUAUUAAAUAAUAUCUUGGGAGAUGAUCUCAUUUGACAUCAUUGUUGUUGCAUCGGAAAGUUCUUGAACUGGACAGAAAUUUUGACUUAGACACCUUUCGUUGGUAAACACCCACCGAGAAAAACCGAGACCCACCGAGACCCACCGAGGACCCUCAAGAGAAACAUGACAAGAACCAGCAAAUCUGCUAAAGUGGUUGCUUCUGAAGCCAAACCUUCAGAGCUUCCCAAAGCUCAGAAACCUUCUGAUGAGGAGAAACCAACAACUUCUCCCGUCAAAAAGAAUCUGUCCGCUCUGAAAGAAGAGCGUGACUUUCUCCUGCAAAAGCUCUUCGAGAGAAAUGAGCUUUUAUCACAACUGAAACAGAGGAGGAUUGCCACUGAGGAAAACUGCAUGUUGCACUGGGAGUUGCUGCAAGACAUGCAACUAAAAGUGGCAGAAGAACAGCAACUCCGACAGAGACGUGAACAGGAGCUCCAGCGAUGCAAACAGCUGGUAAAGGCCAAAGCAAAGAAAGUCCAGGAGGAUCUGGAGGAACAAGCCAGCCUCAGACAUGAUCUCAGCACAAGACUGAGAUUGAAGAGCAAACUGGCGGGCAGACUUCAGACUCAGGUGGAGGAGCUUUCUGAGCAGGUCACAUCUCUGAAAACCUCUGUCCAACCUCUGGAGUCUGCUGACCAAGCAGAGGGUGAACCUGAACCAAAACCAGAAAAAUCUGAGGAUGUCCCAGAAGAAAAAUCUGUGGAGACAAAAGCCUCAGAACCAGAGUUGGGUUCUGAACAGCAAGCAGUUCCAGAACCUUCCAAAAAGCGCAGGAAGCGCAAAAACAAGAAAACAAAGACAACCCCAGACCUGGAGGAACCAGAAACCAACUGUGGACCAGUCAGCCCACCUCUGGAGGAUCAGGAGACUCUAGAUAACAAAGAUCUGGAUCAAGUGAAAACUGAGGAAACUGACUCACCAGUGGUGGAGUCAUUUCCUCAAGAAAACGUCCCAGAACCCACAGAAAAUGUUGUUGAGGAGUCAGCAGACCAAGUCCAAGUUUCAGAACCAACAAUUUUGGCUGAACCACAAGUGGCUGCAGAACCUUCCAAAAAGCGCAGGAAGCGCAAAAACAAGAAGGCAAAUAAAAGCCCUGACCUGGAGGAACCGGAAACUGAGUGUGGACCAGUCAGCCCACCUCUGGUGGACCAGGAGAUUCUAGAUCAUAUAGAACUGGAUCAAGUAAAAACUGAGGAAACCGACUCACCAGUGGUGGAGUCGUUUCCUGCAGAAAAUGUCCCAGAGUCCACUGAAAAUGUCGCUGAGGAGGCAGCAGUCCAAGUCAAGGCUUCAGAACCAGAGAUGGUUUCUGAACCACAAGUGGCUGCAGAACCUCCCAGGAAGCGCAAGAGACCUCUGGAGACGGACACAACAGAAUCUCCUCCCACCAAAAGACGAAGGAUCUGUAGACCAGUCCUUGUCAGGACUCGUUUGGCCAAACGAAGAGCUGUCCUCAACGCGAAACCUGAGAGGAAAACAGACAAAAGUGCUCUGGGACUGCCAUGGACCUUUCUGGAGGAAACUGACCCCAAAGUAGAAGUUUCACUCCCAGAACCAGAACCAGAACCAGAGAUGGUUUCUGAAAAAGAUCCCCAAGAAGAAGAGUCAGUGGCCAAGGACUUGAAAGAGCCAUCCAAUGUGGAGAAACCAAAAAUCUCUCUAUGGAGAAAAUUAAAAAAGGCUCUGACUCCAGCAAGUUCGCGCAAAUACAAGGCUGACACUCCUGCGGUCAUACCGGAUCAAACAUCUACCGACCCGGAUGAGGAGGAAUCUUCAAUUGACCAAGAACAGGAAGCGUCCAUAGACCUAGACCUGGAAAUGUUGGAUAUCGAAGACGAAACCUCCGAUAACGAAGAAGGAAUUUCUGAUGAUGA